AUGGAGGCGUGGUACUCCACUGGUGGAGCAAUAAACAGGCACAUUGAGAUUGAUCCUGCCUACCAGCUUCUGAGGACAAAGGAAACCCAGAACCCGAGGCCGAACAAGGACUCAAAGAAGAAAUCAAUAGAACAGCAGGCUACUAAAAAUAGGAGGCACUCCACAAGCCAACAGAGAAGCCGACCACGACGCAAUACAGAUGAAGAACGGGCCAAUCAGAAUCCAGGUUACAGCGCAAAGACUGCUCUUUGUAGACUAUAUAAACGUAGGCACGAAGAGAGGAACUACCCAACCAACAGCGCACUGAAGAUGCCUCCUCGAAUGGUGACGAAACGUUUGCAAACCAAUUGCCAAGCUCGGCGAACAGAUCAACAGCCACCUGAUCAAUUACCAACCAAUACACCCGAACUACCAAUAUUCCAACACAUUACCAACCCCUUUCUGUGCCUAGUUUUCAUGCCACCCGAAGCACGCACGAAGGCUAGGGAACUGCCAGGUUGCCCAAGCCUAGGCAGGGAAAGUCGAGAUGCACUGGCCGGAUUCAAACCACGGUCCGCUAAGGCAACCUACGUGCAGAUCACGUUCGAAAGAGAACUGAAAAAUAUUCGAUGCCCACAGGCUUUUAGCCUCAUUACCAGAAUGCCUCUGUUUGCCAAAACCUGUGACUAUACUAAACUAAAAUCCAAUCUGCGGCUUUGUGUGAAUCGUAUGGGUCUGUUGCAAAAAAAGAAGACUGAGAUGGGGAUGAAAGCACGCCGUGAGGUGGCCGAACUGUUGAAACAAAACAAAAUCGAGCGAUCCCGCAUUAAAACUGAACAUAUCGUUCGAGAAGACUAUGUUGUGGAGGCGCUGGAGAUUCUGCAAACCUACUGCGAACUCCUUUUAGCACGAUUUGGUAUUUUCGAGGUUUCCAAAGAAGUCGAUCCUUGUCUUGAGGAGGCCAUCGCUUCUAUCAUUUGGUCUUGUCCACGGCUUUCCUCACAAGUGAAUGAGUUACCCGUGAUUCGAGAGCAAUUUGCUGGCAAGUACUCUAAAGAAUAUGUUGAAGCUUGUCUGGAAAACAAACUGCGGAAGGUCAGUCCGAUGGUGAUGCAGAAAUUGGAAAUUAUUCAGCCACCCCCGUCGUUGGUGGAGAUGUAUAUGAUCGAAAUUGCAAAGGCUUACGGCGUUGAGUACGAACCGAAUUUGGAGUUCCUCAAUAGCAGCACUAGCGAUGGUAGUGGUGGCGGCGGCGGAGGUGGCGCUUCCCGCAAUGCAGAGAAUCAGCUGAUCAAUUUCGAACCCGAUCUACUUCCUUGUAUGCCUUCGAUGCCUGCAGACUUUACCACUGGCAAUCCUGAUAAACCGUGGGAACAUACCGCUGACUCUGGACCCGGGGCUCCGUACCCGCAGCAGUCCCCGUUCCCGGGACCAGCCGAAAUACCGCCGCCAUGUGCUCCGAAGGGACUGUCUCCCGACGCGCAGGUUGGAUACUAUGGCUAUCAACCAGCCCCUCCUCCAGCCUAUGAUGCAGCCAUGUUCCCCGAGAAAAACCCGCACCCUCCAUUACCCCCUGUUGGUCCUGUCGGGUCGCCUGAUCCACCGGUACCAAGUGCAGAUCCUUCUGUGGCGGUCCCACCACGUGACUCAGAUUCAACUUCAGACGAAGGUGGCAACGAUGACCAAGAUUUCGAUGAACUUCAAAGAAGAUUUCAACAGCUAACCAACAAGAAAUGAGACUGAUCUCCUCGCUGUUCCCCUUGUUGUAUCUGUCCAGUCACGAAAAAUCCCCACCUAACGCAUUCACUAAUCUGCUUUGCCUGUUCACUUCAGAUCUGACGAACGUUUCGUGAUUUUGUCUGACUAAAUUGCUCUUGGCGUUUCUAUUUUUCCUACUCUGUCCGCCCACCAUCACCUUUUACGAAUUGUGCCUGGAGACACAUAUCGGUCACUGGCAGAUUUUCUGCUGGCCACGUUGUUCAUUUUCACAUAGUUAUCAGAAACAUCCACGUCGCUACUUCUAUUGUUCCUCGAGCAGACAGGGGAGAAGAUGGAAUCAACUCCUCCGAAAG